UGCUUCCACCUCUCUGUCCAACCUGAGGCGUAAGGCGUAAGGCGUAAAGCGUGAAAGCGCGAAACUACUCCCAUAAACCGAGCAGGCAUCAGCUUCAGCAGCAGAGAGGUCACACGAUGCCCAGAGGUGUCCGCGUCUGGACACUGCUGUGUCUGCUCCUAUUAUACCAUGCCGCUGCUUCAAACGGUGCCCUGUUCCCGGUACGCAGACAAGAGGGUGAAGACGUACCACCAUCACCAUCACCACCGCCGUCACCAUCGUCGUCGCCUGCGCAAACGCUUUCCGAAAGCCAAGGCGAUCAGCGUAGUCGAACCUCAGGCUCUCCUCCUUCAAGCCUCGAAUCCAGUGCAAAUCUCCUCACGACCUCGGACACCCGGUCCACCGACCUGACUCCGUCCGCCGCCCCCACGAGUGACAUUGGUUCUAAGACGGAGGAGGACAUUCCCGAUAAUGUGAACAUCCCAGAGGGCGAGUUGCCUCUGCAACCCCAAAUUACGCCGGGAUGGGGAGUAGCAGGUGUCUUGAUGAUCUGUACAGGGAUCGUAUACGCCCUCGUGGGUAUCAAAACCGCACGCAUCCACGCCUUCUUCUCGACAGCCAUCUUGACAAGUCUGGGUACCGCCGUGCUCGUCCUUUACGUCACGGAGAUUCCGGUGUCCCUCGCCGUGCAAGGGGGAUAUGUCGCUGCCGCGAUGUUUACCGGCAUCAUGCUCGGGGGGGUCGCUACCUUCUUCAAAGAGCUCACCGCGAGUUUCGGCUGCCUGUUGGGGGGCUUUUGCUUGAGCAUGUGGCUGUUGUGUCUAAAGCCCGGAGGUCUGCUGCCCCAGACGACGACCAGGAUUAUUUUCAUCACCUGCCUCACCAUGGGUGCUUUCGCCCUCUACUUCGUCCGCUACGUCCGGCCUUACGCCCUCAUUGCCUCUAUAUCCUUCAGCGGAGCCACCGUCACCGUUCUCGGGAUUGACUGCUUCAGCCGCGCCGGACUUAAGGAGUUCUGGGCUUAUCUCUGGGACCUGAACCAAGACUUAUUUCCCCUGGGAACGAAAACGUACCCCGUGACUAGAGGCAUCCGCGUGGAAACGGCAGUCAUCGUUGUGAUCUCCGCUGCGGGCGUCUUCUCCCAGUUUAGGUUGUGGAGGGUCAUCAACCCCCGCCGUAUUCAGCGUGACGCAGAACGCGCCCAACAGCAGCGCGACCUCGCCGAAGAAGAGGAGAACGUCGGGCGCAGAGUACAGGCGCAAACUGACCAGGAGAAACAGCUGUGGGAGAAGAGGUACGGCGGCGGCACGCAGCCUGGAGCCAAUUCGAGUGGCUCCGUGCUCCUUUCUCCAUGCCAAACCGGGGAGAGGCGGAAUGGGAGCAUCCAUAGCCGUGGGUCUGGUGGACCGCAGUCAUCUAUCAAGGCCGAGACCGCCCAAGGGAAGGAGGCUCUACCUUCUUCUCGAGGAACCCCCCGGGUGUCCAGUGAUGGCGUCCCGGGUGCCUUAAUGGCCUCCGGAAACGACAAAGAUGGCGUUGUGACAGUCCGAGUAGCAGCAGACGAUACCCUUCCGGCAAUGCGACCAGGAAUCGCCAACCCCAACCCCGAGGAACUGGGUCCUCGAGGCCAGAGCCUGGAUCAGGCUCGGGGUCGGGAUCAGGAACCAACUGCGGGCGACGUUCCUCCAGCAUCUCCCCAGAAAGCCCAUUCGUUGCAAGAGAAGGUUGUAGCUCACCCUCCGCCCGUCGUGCCGCUUCCAUUCAAGGUCCCUACCCGGAACGAAGACAUGGGGACUGAGGCAGAGGAAGAUCGAUCGUCAGUCGCAACUUUCGCUUCCAGAGAGUACGACGACCCGCUCGUCGCCGACAAGCGUCAGUCGAUAGCCGAGGGAAUUUCCGAGCAUGCUAGAGACGUCCCCGGCCGAGUCUCACAAAGGAUAUCUCAUUCCAUGAAUCGCGAACCGGGCACUAGCCAGGAUCAGCUGGCCAUUCUACUGACACGAUCGUCUCGGGAUGUCGAUGAUAGGUCUGUCGCCGCAACUAUGGACGUUGAGAGUCUUUGGGGGGUCGAGGACUCGCCAUCGAGCCUAAGCCGGCGCAUUACCUCCGACCUUGGCGUCGAUCUUGUUCCUCAACAGGCUGCCGACCAAGAAGCGGACAGCGGCGUGGCGCCACAGUCGGCCGCAGUCCCACAAGCUGAAAUACAAUUACAGCAGGCGCCUAUGCCGUCGGACGAGGACGCCAAAGACUUGUCAACAGCCAAAAGUGCUGCGGCGAAGGCCCAUCUCAACAUGCCAAACACCAGCGAGACAGUACUGCCCGAGGGAACACGAGCCGACGACGAAUCACCCAAGCGUGCAGACGCAGGGACCGCAGCCAACGUGUCUUUAAAAAGGCCAAUGCCUCCGGAACCGUCUAUUCCAGGACCCCGGAACCCAAAGUCCGUGACAUCAGUUGAAUCCACGCCGGUUAGUUUGACGAGAGACCGGCUGCCGCAUGCGCUCUCUCGGGUGGCCAUGUCAUACCGCACGAACGAGUGGGCCAAGCAUCUCAGCCACGCAGACCUUCCAGAACCGGAACGAAUCCAGCUCGGGCAUCUCGAGCAGCCGCACCCUGUCGAAGGCACAGCAGACAGAAAGGGAGCAGAGGGUGUUAAGGAAGAAACGCCGGCUCCGUUGGAUGUGGACGAUUUGCAGCAGACAGCGAAAACAUGCGCCUCGGUGGCUCAGCUGCCAACGCAAAAUGACCCCAAGGCACGACCCUCUUCCACCGUCGGUGCAAAGCCAUCUCUUCGAGGCCAGGGCCCAAUCACUUUGGCCCGAAAUGCUUCGUCUGGGGCCACCACAAGAGUGGAGAGGCCCGGGACAUGGAAGAGCAUCUGUAGUACCACCUGGCCGUUAAGCGGCGAGCAGGCGGGUCAGGCCAUCGGGAACUCGGGCGAGUCGGGCCCGCCAUACCUGGCCGAAGCAGCAGCGGGACCGGAAAACUCGGCCAAGCGUUUCAGCGAUCAUACCUUGAUUGGACAGAGGGAGAUGCUCCUUCGGAGCAGAUCAAACCUUUACCCCCCGGGUUCGGCGACCAUGCCGAAUUUAUACCCCCCCGCAGCACGGGCGCCCAGCGAAGCCGGGUCCGUCUAUAACCAGCCGAUGCACUCCAUGUCCGGGCCGCUCCCGGCCGUCAUGGCUGACGACGACAUGCCUUUGAGCCAGCGCAAGGAGAUGAUUCGGCGACACAGCCUGCUGAGGAACUCAAACUCGUUCGCUUCUCGGCCGACCAGCGGUGUGAUGUAUUUCAAUCUUGAGGGCGAAGCCGUCAUGUCCACCGACCACCUCCCCCUGGGCCGACCUCAUCCUUGCGUCCCGUCGCUGCCGACGAGGGAUUUCCACCAGCCCUCGGUGUUCCGCCCGCCGGACCCGCGUUCGGGAACCCCGGUCCCGUUCCUCGGGGGCUUCGAGCAGAGGCCGGCCAGGGUCAGCAGUCGCGAGCACGAGGUGCAGCGCUCGAUGGAUGCGCAGCGAAGGGCGCUCAUGGGCCUCAAGGACGCGGAAGCCCAGAGGCGGGAGAGGGAGAGCUUGGUACGGGAGAUAGACAACCGGGCUUUUACGGCGCGGAUGCAGAGCGGUGACCUGCUCGAAGCGCAUCGCGACACGCUGCGGAGGAUGCAGAAGCAAGCGAACCCAAACCAGACAUAGGCGUCUCGUCUUUCGUGCUCUCGUUUCUCCUUGUUGGUCUUUUCGUUUUUCGUCUAUCUCUAUGCUUUUAAUCCUCUCGUUCGCUCUUUUUUUAUUUUCUUUUUCUCGAACCACAUUCUGUCAUGGUCAUUUAUGUGCACCAGUUAUUAGGGAGAAUAGUUUCAUUUCCAGAACAUU